CAGUACCGCACCGAGCGCACCUGAAGCUCGUCGUGCUCCAGAGCUUGCUCUCCCCUCGGCCUACUUUGUGGCUGGUCUCGAUUUUGAUGACGAGUGGUCGGUCUACCACGACGCGGCGCCAAUGGCGGACAUGGAGGAACUAGAUCACUACCACGACGCUCAGAGCCCGCCUCUUGGGACAUGGAAUGGUCAACAAGAGGCGACCGAUGCACUCGCGCCACUUAGCGAGGUCCCGCUCGCCGCCAGUCAUCCGCCUCCAGACUUGUCCCCCCAAACCUCUCCCUCUCCUUUCCCGAUUGAUCCUGUCCUUCUCGAAGAGGACGCUUCUCCGUUUACCUUUCCACUCUCGGCAUCUCCUAUGCCCGCCAACUCCGCUAUUGCCUCACCUGCGCGACCAAAGAAGCGCAACGUCGAACCUCUCGACGAGGAAGAGGAACAAAACGAGACGUCACCAGCCACCUUUGGUCCCUCUCCUAAGCGGCCAUGCCUGCAAGCAGCUGUUGGUCAGCAGCAUGGUGAACCAGAAUAUGCUGGAGGCCACAAUGGCCCAAUCGAAGUGACCCAGCCUCUUCACCCAGUCGAUGCUGAUACUCAACAUGAUGAGCCUCUGAGCAACGCCGAAAUGCGAGUCCACAGUGCCAACGAGGCUCCCGUCGACCAGCACCACGAUGAACAAGUUCAGCCUACACUCCAGAGCUGCAGCCCUCAAGCAGCGGCUGAAUCUUCUUCACGGGACGUGGCAGAACCCGACACCUCUGAGCAGCAAGAAGAGUCGCAGGCACCCCAUCUGUCCACAUCGAACGAGUCACAGCAGUCUGAUGCCCAAAUCGAUCCCGGUAAUGCAGGACCGCCGCUUAGUGCAUCUGCCGUGAUCACAACUCAGCAAGCAUUGCUCCCUACUCCAGUAGGUGUGCAAAGCGGCGUGUCGACACUUCAAGACCUGGAUCCACGCCUGAUUCCUACGAACGAUUCUCAGCAGGCAAGCGUGAUCACUCAGCAAGCCACUGGCAACUCUUCCAAACCGAAAGGCAAGUCUAAGCAGCCCUCCGUAGGCUCGUCUACCAAGCCUGCGCUCAAAUCAAAGCGACGCAUCAAGACUUCUGAGGUGCCUCCCAAUGCGAGACCGCCAAUGGGAGUGGAUAUCACGCUCAAGGAGAUCUGUGUGUUCGCUCCAACGUGGAUCAUUCACCCGGCUGUGGCCACGAGGCUCCAGCGCAAUGGGGUGAAGAUUGCUGAGGUAGCAGCUGCUCAAGUGGAAGCCAUUGGCCGCGCCGGAGAGCCUGCACUUCUGAAGACGGUCAAGAAUCGUCUGAAAAAGGAGUACAAUCAAGGUGGGAAGCUCUACACGGGCAGCACUCACUGGAGCAUCGACCAGGCUGUGGCUCUCGGCGCUGAUAACGAUCUGACUGCAGAUCAGUGGAAGUUCCGCGACUUCUACAAGCAUCGCAACAAGGAAACCACGAAGGCGCCGACUGAGGAGUGGGAGGACAUUCCGCUGACAACCUUCUACGAGAACAUCCCUGAAGGCAAGUGGCCUACGGGUCAAGAUCGUGGAAUCCUUACGCGCAUGCUUGAGCAGGUGAAAGAGGAUGGGCUCACAGAUCUCACGACCGCACACUGGAACUUGGUCGCCGCCAUGCUCGAGAACGAACCACUCCUUCAGUCCAAGAUUGCUGGGAAGAAUCUCGACGAGGAGGCGGUUCAGGCGUUUCGCACGAAGAAGUAG